AACAGAAAAUUAAGAAAUCUUUACAGACUUUGCUUCAAAGAGUAAUGCAAUCUUCCUCCCUUUUCCCUCAAGAGUAAAAAAAAUUAAAUAAAUAUAGAUGCCACUUUUAUGCAACAUGGCUUGGUGUGACAAUAUGGCAAGCCUCACAAAAAUUAAUUGCCUCACUAUCUUUUUACUGAUGCCGUUUUUCUUGCUGCAUGGAAUCACUGCAGAUAAUGAGUGUGGAAUUGCUCCUGCUAAUGGGAUUGAUGCAGGGGUGUCUGAAUUGGACGAUGAUGCAUGGACAAUGGUGGAGAAGAAAGGGAACCAGUUCAUUGUGAAUGGUAAACCUUUCUACUUCAAUGGGUUCAACACCUACUGGCUUAUGGUCUUUGCUGCAGAUCAGUCAACCCGCGGGAAGGUAACUGAGGUCUUUCAGCAGGCAUCUUCUGUUGGUUUAUCAGUUUGCAGGACAUGGGCUUUUAACGAUGGUCAAUAUCGAGCUCUUCAGAAGUCCCCUUCUGUCUAUGAUGAAGAUGUUUUCAAGGGCUUGGAUUUUGUUGUGAGUGAAGCAAAGAAGUACAAUAUCAGGCUGAUUUUAUCCUUGGUAAACAACUGGAAUGACUAUGGUGGAAAACCACAAUAUGCUAAAUGGGGAAAAGAAGCCGGCUUGAAUUUGGGCGAUGAUGAUGACUUCUUCUCUGAUGCUACUCUCAAGACCUACUACAAGAAUCAUACCAAGAUGGUUCUAAACAGAGUCAAUACCUUUACCAAUGUCACAUAUAAAGAUGAUCCAACCAUUUUCGCUUGGGAGCUGAUGAAUGAGCCUCGCUGCACCUCUGAUCCUUCUGGCGAUAAACUACAGGCUUGGAUACAAGAAAUGGCUGCCUACGUGAAAAGCAUUGAUCCAAAACACUUGCUUGAGAUAGGGUUGGAAGGAUUUUAUGGUACCUCAACUCCUGACAGGGCUCAGGUUAAUCCAAAUACAUACGCCACACAAGUGGGAACUGACUUUGUUAGGAACCAUCAGGUUUUAGGUGUUGAUUUUGCUUCUGUUCAUAUUUAUGCAGAUUCUUGGAUAUCACCAUCAAUAUCUGAUGCACAUCUCCAGUUCUAUCAGUCAUGGUUACAAGCCCACAUAGAAGAUGCUGAGAAGACACUUGGGAUGCCUGUUGUAUUUUCUGAAUUUGGUGUAUCUGCCAAAGAUCCUGGGUACAACUCUUCUUUUAGGGACACAAUUUAUAAUACGGUGUAUAAAGCUUUGCUAAUUUCAGCCAAAAAAGGUGGAAGUGGAGCUGGAAGCCUUCUUUGGCAGCUCUUCCCUGAGGGCACCGAGUACAUGAAUGACGGAUAUGCUGUUGUUCUGACUGAAUCCCAAUCUUUAACAGACAUGAUUUCUCUUAAUUCUGCAAGGCUUGAACUUAUAAGUGCGGCAUGUGGUUGGAACUGUCGUUGGGGUUGCAAGAAGAGGCUGCUUGGUCUGGAUCAGGCACUUCUCUGACCUUGUUGUCUAAGGUUGGGGCAACUUGGUUAGGAGAUUGAAAUUAUCAAUGUUGAUUUUACUUCUUGUAAGGCUCAUGUGUGUAUACUGCUUAACGUGUGAUUUUGUCAUAGUUUCCUAACUAAACAUUAAUAACACCAGUUAACUUGUGAUUUUGUCAUAAUUUCCUAAACUCAUACAAGCAUAUCAUUUAAGAAAUGCUAUAUUUAAGGCUUAUACUUGGCCCUUAGGACUGCGUACAUCAAACAACAACAACAACAACAACAACAACAAAGCCUUAGUCCCAAAAUGUUUUGGGAGGACUGCGUACAUCAAAACCGUAUUAAAAUCAGUAGAACAUUAUCGGUCAAUAAAAAUUAGCAGGUUAACACAAUUAGAGACUAAACAUUAAGUAAAUGAUAUUGGUAGGUUGACACAAGAAGAGACAAUAAACAUUAGGUACAUGAUCAUCUAAUAGUCAAAAUUUAGCAAGGAAAAGACUUGCUUGAGUACAUAUACAUACAUACAGAGCUCAUUUGAUUUUCCUUGAGAAUCAAAAACUAUAUGAUGAUUAUGCCCAAAGAGGGAAAGAGAAAAUCAUUUCUACUUAAAUGAGGCUUUGUAGAAUUACACCAAUGCACACUCCUACCUCAAAGCUAUGCAUUUAUCUUGUUGUAUUUACUUGUUUAUGUCGGACAAUCGAUCAUCCAUAUGCACGAUCACCCAACCUAUCUUCAACUGC